AUGUCUUCUAUAUCAUCUGCUGAAAAAAUUAAUGCAUCUCAUCAUGAUGAGAACUCCCCAAGCAAUGACAAUUUUGAGGAGAGCAACAAUGCCGAGUUAGUUCCAAAAGCUUCUAAAACAACAUACCUAUUUGCAGCCUUUGCAUGUAUCAUGAUUGCCUUUGGUGGUUUCGUCUUUGGUUGGGAUACUGGUACUAUUUCUGGUUUUGUCAACAUGCCCGAUUUCGUCCAUAGAUAUGGUCAAAUUAAUUCUGAAGGUGAAAAAUAUUUAUCCAAAUCAAGGACUGGUUUAAUGCUUUCUAUCUUUAAUAUUGGUUGCGCUAUCGGUGGUGUUACCCUAGGUAAAACCGGUGAUAUGUACGGUAGAAAGAAAGGUUUAAUGAUGACCAUGGUUGUUUAUAUGGUUGGUAUCAUUAUUCAAAUUGCAGCCGUCAAAUCUUGGGUUCAAUAUUUUAUUGGUAGAAUUAUUGCUGGUAUUGCCGUUGGUUCGAUUUCUGUUCUCGCACCUAUGUUUAUCUCUGAAACUUCUCCAAAGGCUAUUAGAGGUGCAUUGGUUUCCUGUUAUCAAUUAAUGAUUACCGGUGGUAUUUUCUUAGGUUACUGUACAACUUAUGGUACUUACCAUAAUUAUGGUGAUUCUAGACAAUGGAGAAUUCCUCUAGGUCUGUCAUUUGCGUGGGCAUUAUUUAUGAUACUAGGUAUGGUCUUUACACCAGAAUCUCCAAGAUUUUUGAUUGAGCACGAUAGAAUUGACGAAGCAAAACAAGCUAUUUCCAAGACUAACAAACAAGAUGUUAAUUCUGCAUUUGUUAUUAAUGAAGUUAAUAUUUUAUCUGAAGCUAUUGAAAUUGAGAAGGCUGCAGGUACUGCGACUUGGGGUGAACUUUUUACCGGUAAGCCAAAACUUUUUUACAGAUUGGUCGUUGGUAUUGUCUUACAAUCUCUGCAACAAUUAACAGGUAACAAUUACUUUUUCUACUACGGUAACACCAUUUUCAAGGCGGUUGGUUUGGAUGAUUCAUUUGAGACUUCUAUUGUUUUCGGUAUCAUUAAUUUUGCUUCCACUUUUCUUUCCUUAGCUGUUGUUGAUAGAUUUGGUAGAAGAAAGACUUUAAUGGGUGGUUCUACCGGUAUGCUUGUUACCUUGGUUAUUUUUGCAUCCAUUGGUGUCAAAGAUUUAUACGUUGAUGGCUAUGGCUCUGAAGCUAGAAAGCCAGUCGGUAAUGCCAUGAUUUUCUUGGUUUGUUUGUUUAUUUUCUUCUUCGCUAUUACGUGGGGUCCAUGUGUUUUCGUUGUUGUGUCUGAGACUUAUCCUUUGAGAAUUAGAUCUAAGGGUAUGGCUAUUGCAACAGGUGCUAACUGGAUCUGGGGUUUCUUAAUUGGUUUUUUCACUCCAUUUAUUACAGGUGCAAUCCAUUUUGCUUACGGUUAUGUUUUCUUUGGUUGUGUUGUCUUCUCCUUGGUCUUUGUCUUUGCAUUUGUUCCUGAAACCAAAGGUCUUUCAUUAGAAGAUGUUGAUGAGCUGUACAGAAACUACACUCCAGGUUUAGCAUUUAUGAAGAAUUUUUCCAAGGAAUCUGCAGAAGCAGUUGCGGCAGAAGAAGCCGAAGAGAAAGAAUUACAGAUGUCCAACCAUGUUUAA